AUGAAAAAAUCUGCCUCUAUGAAGUCAUCUCCCUCCACAUUCAUCUCGCGAAGAUGGAUAUCCGUCACCUUUCUGAGCGCGGCCGCUUUGUGGAUUUUGAAGAAUCGAAACUCGUCUUACAUUCUCUGCUCGCAAACGAAGAACAUAUAUACCGUCGAUGAUGCUAAUCCGAAAGUGGAGUGCAUUUAUGUGAAGGGGUCGCACGUCGUCGAUGUUGGCGACUAUUCUCACAUCGAACAGCGGAGUGUUCCAUUCGAUUUCAUCCGAAAAUCCGUUCCCAGUUGGAUAAUUCUGAAUCCCUUGACGCAACCCAAAGUCUUCGAAGUGAGCCCGGAUGCAGUGGUGGUUCCUGGGUUGGCGGAUGCACACGCCCACGUCAUUGAGAACGGGUACAUGAUGCAACUUCCCCUCAUGGGAGCCCAGUCUGUUCAAGACGUCGUUGACCGCAUUAAGGCCUUUAUAACCUCGCAUCCCGACGUAGAAAACGACAAAUCGCGCUGGAUUGAAGGGAUGGGAUGGGAUCAAACCAAGUGGCCGGGUGCUCGCUUCCCAACAGCCGCAGAUCUCAAUAACGACCCACUACUCAAAGGACGAUUAAUUUCGCUCAGUCGUGUCGACGGUCACGCACGUUGGGUCUCUUUUGCGGUUCUAAAUCUUAUGAAGGACUUGCCGGAGAAGGUAGACGGAGGGCUUGUUGUGCGUGACAAAGAAGGAAGGCCUACAGGCAUAUUUGUCGACAACGCCAUGGGUCUGAUUCCUACUCCGCCGUGGGGUGAAGCACAGAUUUCCGACUUUUUCAACUUGACCAUCAAGCAAGCGCUCUCAUAUGGACUCACAUCCAUCCACGACGCUGAUACAAAGCUUGAGCAUAUCAAAUUCUUCCAAAAGAUGGCAGACGCUGGGAAGUUGCCUAGCCGACUGUACUUAAUGGGCAACGUUGCCUCCGAAGAAUACUGGGGACAUCAGAUUCCCCGCUUGAUCAACUAUGGCAAGCACAAGCGGUUGAACCUUCGUAGUGUGAAGCUCUUCACGGAUGGUGCUCUCGGAUCGUGGGGCGCUGCACUUCUCAAACCAUAUUCCGACAAACCCGAGACGAGUGGGCUUAUGCUCAGUAGCCCCGAAACGCUAAAGAGACUUGUAGAUCAGUUCUGGAAGGAUGGGUGGCAGACGAGCAUCCAUUGUAUAGGCGAUCGAGCGAACCAUGCCAUUCUGGAUAUCUACGAGGACAUCCUGGAGCACAGAAAAGGCAAUGUCACGGAAUGGCGUCCCCGCAUCGAACACGCUCAGAUAUUCGCGCCAGAAGAUCUGGAGCGUAUUGGCAAACUCGGAGUUAUUGCCAGCGUGCAACCCACACAUGCGACUUCAGAUAUGUGGUAUGCCGAAAUACGACUGGGAGCAGAACGUAUCAAAGGAGCUUACGCAUAUCAGACCCUGCUCAAAGCCUCCCCCACCGGCGUCCUUCCUCUAGGCUCCGACUUUCCAGUCGAAGGCGUCAACCCUCUCCUGGGUUUCUACGCUGCAACCUCUCGCCUCUCAGUUGAUGGCACCUCGCCCCAUGGAUCCGGCGGGUGGUUCGCCAACCAGCGCCUCUCGCGCGAGCAGGCGCUGAAAGGGAUGACACUCGACGCGGCCUACGCUUCCUUCGCCGAACACGAGACUGGGUCUCUCACACCUGGGAAGAAAGCAGACUUCGUGGUCUUUGAUCGAAACAUCAUGACGGUGCCAUUUGAAGAGAUCUUGAAGGCGAAAGUGCAAGCUACGGUCGUUGACGGCCAGGUAAUGUAUGGCUGGGCGUACGCUCCCGUUCGACGAGGCGAGCAACGCGCCUCGUGGGCAUCUCGUCUGUCUCAAUCUCCAAGAUCACGUUCAUCGCAGCCCCCGCCUUCCGCCCGCCCCAUGGCGCCUUCGAGUAAACCUGCAGAGCUACUAUUUUUGCCCUUGCCUGUGGAUCACGCUUCGCUGGCACCACAAAUGACCGCACCUCUUCAGCACACCUCCGCACCUCUUCAGCACACCUCCGCACCUCUUCAGCACACCUCCGCACCUCUUCAGCACACCUCCGCACCUGCUCUCCAGGGCGAAGGCUAUAGCCUGCCCACCAUCGAGAUACCGAAGACAAGGCACAGCCUUAACCACCAUUUACAGGUUGAUAAGGCCGCAAAACGCGACGAGCCUUCCGCAAAGUUAGAAUUGGAUACUGGCGCAGCACCGCAGACGCUACGUCCAGUCGAAGAGGCGAACGAUCCACCGGCUCCAGAAGUGGAGGCAGAGAUGACGGCUGACUCUUGGGGAGACAGCUUCGCGGUUGAAUGGAUACGCCUAGAAAUCCUGCCGUUCCCGUGA